GAAAGUGUCUACAACUUUAUGAUUGGAAAAGACACUGAGUCGUCGAAGACACGAAUCGAGCAGCAGUUCGAAUUGAUAACCAAAAGUGCAGAUUACGCUAGGGGACAGAACGCAGCAAUUGCAACUGGACUAGGAUACGAUCAUAUCGGAACUCAAAACGAAGCAAUGAAUAUCAAGGCGACGGAGACUAAGCCGCAGAAUAUUGUCUUAUCAGCACUUGGAGAGAGCAGAGCGUUUAUAGUAUUGACUUCCUUACAUGAUGACACCUCAGAAAAUAUCUGGUCUUUUGUUGGGAGGCAGGGAUGUAAAACAAUGAUCGAGUUUUCAAAGCCUUCGGACGGAUCGCAUAAGGCGGACACUUACCUUGGUCAGAAAGAAGGUGGGCGUGUCGGAAGAUAUUACGUAACCUUAACCGAGAAAAGAAACAAUCGCGGAUUUGAGGAGAGAAAAUAUUCCUAUAAAGAAGACACAAAAGGUAGCAGUCUAAAGGGUUUUAAACAGUUCCACGUGCCUGGCAGGAAUGAUGAUCCGGACAGACAGUCCAUUCUUGAUCUGAUAGAGGCGAUAUUGACAUGGCAAAAUCAGCUCUCGACCGACACACCGAUUUUGAUUAAAGAUGGUUCGAACUUUCACAGAAGCGGCCUAGUUGUGGUAUUGUUGAGCGAGAUAUGUCGCAUUGUGAAGCACGAAGGACAAAUAAACCUUGUUGAAACAGUUGUAUCGAUGAAGCACCAAGAGAAACAUAUUAUCCAUAGCGCCGCUCAACUAAGGAUCUGCUACGACACAAUUUUGGCCUACGUUCAAAAACCUGGAAUCCAUCAAAAUUUCUAAAAGAACGGAAACAACACGACGUUUUUGCAUACUUUUUGAUAAAAACGCUUAGAUAUGGUUUUCUGUUUAUGAUGACUAUAACGUGCAUGUAGUGUUAAGCUUUUACAUGGAUUUGAGUUCAUUGUUCAAUAUUAUUUUCAAAACAAAACUGUUCAUAAUGAAAUAAUAAAUGUAUGUUUUAUUUAAUGCAACCGGAUAAAAUAUUGACACAUGUAAUGUUGAUAAUUCCCCAUGAAGGUCCAUGUUAUGAAAAUUAUAUUGUUUAUUGUUUUGAUUACUAUUAGAGCUGGCCAUCAGUUUGUAAUGUAAUGUAUACUCAAAAAUAUAAAAUAAAGUAAGCUGAACUAAAAACAGCAUAAUAAAACCGGCACUUUGGAUUCGCAUUGAUGCCAUUAAGUACAUUUAGCAGCUUUCUGCCAUCGUUUCAAGUUAAAUUACAAUUAAAUGUACCAACAAAGGAUUAUAAAGUUACCAUAUCUUUAUUAAGUACAUACAUGAACAGUAUUAUAUAUUCUGUUUUUAUAUAAUUAAAUAUAGUCAUUGUAGAAUGAUGUUUACAUAACAUAUUUAAUAACGUGUAAUCGUAAGUUUUGACGAUGUAAGAAUUGUGUCUUGUUUAUUUCUUUGCCUUACGUUUUUAUUCAUUGAUAUCAACGCUUAAUUAUAAUAUGUCAUUAUAUAUAAUUCAACGGCUUUGUUGCAUCAAAUUAUUAAAAUUCCUUAUAAUAUAAAUAAAGCAAGAACAAAAGGAUCGUCUUUCCUGUGAUUCGGAUUCGGAACCUUAAGAAGAAAUAUUACGCCUUACCACUGCAGCAUAGCAUAGCAAUAGCAAAAGCGUAAAUAUUUGGAAUGCGGAUUUGAUAUAAACAAACCAAUAUGUUAUUGUUUUCGCAUUAAGAAGUGUUAUGGUUGCUUGAUUAAAUGUAUACCUUCGUUUUAAUAGAUCACUUUGUUUUGGAAAAUGUUUAUUUUUGUUAUGUGAAUGUUUAUUACAGCGUAUUAUUUGCGUGUAGUGUAUAACGUUUUGUUUAUGCUUCGU